AUGCUAACUGAAACAAGUAAUAUUUAUUCAUUUUGUUUUUAUCUUUUUUGUUAUCUUGACAGGUUCCGAUGCAUUGUUUAUCCAUUCAGGCAGAAGCUGACUCUACGAAAAGCCAUAUUCACCAUCAUUGUUAUUUGGGUUCUAGCUCUGAUUAUUAUGUGCCCAUCAGCUGUCACUCUUACAGUGACCAGGGAUGACUACCAUUUUAUGGUAGAUGACUACAAUAACUUCUACCCUCUCUACUCAUGUUGGGAAGCUUGGCCAGACAAGGAAAUGCGUAAAAUAUACACAACUGUUCUCUUCUCCCACAUUUACUUGGCUCCUCUCACCUUGAUUGUUAUCAUGUAUGCUCGCAUUGCAUUCAAACUCUUUAAGUCUUCGGCCCCUAUCCGAGGAUCAGUCUCUGAAGAACAUGAAGGUAGAAGAGUUUCCAAAAGGAAAGUAAGGGUAAUAAACAUGCUAAUUAUGGUUGCGUUGUUUUUCACAUUGUCUUGGCUCCCCCUCUGGACCCUCAUGUUGCUUACAGAUUAUGGAAAUCUCAAUGAUUAUCAAUUGAACAUAAUUGCUGUGUAUAUUUUCCCCUUUGCCCACUGGUUAGCUUUUUUCAACAGUAGUGUUAAUCCUAUCAUCUAUGGUUAUUUUAAUGAGAACUUCCGUCGAGGUUUCCAGGAAGCCUUCAAAGUACAGUACUGCUCAAUGAAACGAGAGCACAAGGAAACAUAUUCAGAGAGAAAGAACAGUGGGUUCGUCUUUGGAGUACGUAACCGAAUCUUUGUGGAAGUGCAGCCCAGUGAUUCAGCUCAAGGUUCAGACUCGGGCAACAGUACCACUGCCAAGCCCGGUAUGUUCUCAUUAAGAAGUGGAAGAAUUGCUCAUCAUGGAUUGGUGGUUGAAGAAUUAGACAAUAAAAGCUCCAAUAAUACUGUCAGCAUACCAGCAUGGGAUAUAUGA